CUGUCAGCCUGCUACAUUGCAGCCGGAACUGGCAGUUCAGCUUUGUGUUGCUUGGGCUUUACACCAGGGAUGGCGUAAUUGACAAUGGCUAAGAGUGGAGAGCAGCGCGCUGCCUCGUUGAAUGGCCGGUAAUGAUUGGAGCAGACGCCCACCGGCCCGGUCCCUGGGGACAGUAAUCCAAGAUCCUGUUUCUGAUAUAAUUGUUAGUCAGAGAAUUUCCGCAUGGCUGCGCCGGCUCACAUUCCCAAGCCGGUUGACAGUGCCAGGCAGUUUAAUAGAAAAACUGCAUGCUGAGAACAGAAGAGCUGAGCACUGAACCCGCACUUGGUUGACCAAGAGUCUCUUGUUUAAGAAAGAAGUGAGCUGUGACUUUCUUCCAAAAUGGACUCUCGUUCAUUUUCAUGAUUGCUUUUGUAUAUUUGUGUAUAUUGUGCGCGCUGUCACAGGAAAUUGAACUCUGCUGUUCCAAGCGUCCACCUCCACUAGCGACUUGACCAAACAAUUCCAGGCUGGACAAGUCGAUGUCUUCAGCUCGGGACAUUCACCUGUACCAGACAACUUACUCACACGCUUCACUAUCCGACACUCGCCCCCUCCCCUUUCACUCGCUGCAGAUCCAUAACAAUGAAACAGGUGACUUUCAUGCUGCUGUCAGGACUGAUCUAAUUUUAGCUGGGUGAAUGAUUGCAAUUGGCUUUGCCUCAUCAGAUAAUUAAUCUAUGUCACCAUUAAUUGGAAAAGAGAAUAAUUACAGGCCGUGUUGACAGAAAUUCUACGCUUCUCCAGAUUCCGAGAUCUAAUUACAACUAGUGAUAGCCGGUGACCUUAACUAGCACUUAGCGCACCUUGACCACCACGUGAGGAUGCGCGCAUGUGCGAUCCACAAAUUGCGUUCGGGCUCUCCGUCACUCGGAGAGCUGUCUCCCUCAAUCACUUUUCAAUAUUCAAUCUUAAUUUUGUGGAAGUUUAGCAUUUUCAAUGAGCUGGAGAUGAAUGAUUAAUGAAUAAAUUUGAAUGCUUCAUUUUGUCCACGGAUCAUUAGUUAAGUCCUUUGUGGGAAGGACCUGAGAAAGGAGUGAAAAUUAUGGAGACACUCGCCCCGAGCAAUCCAGGGGUAAAUAGUGUGCACAAAAAAAGAUGUUGCUUCCUUCCGCACUAUGGGAAGAAAAUAUAAAAGCCCGGGGAAACAUUUCAAAUUUAAAUAUUAACUGAUUGCGUUCAAGAAUCAAUAUUUUUUUUUUCUCACCGGCAUCAUGCAGAUGGUGCAUGCUCCAUUUUAAAAGUUCCUGAAUAAAUAACACGUACCAAAACGCAAUCCGACCCAUUAAAUAUUUACAUCCAUCAAAAUAGGAAUGAUAAAUAAUGAAAAUGAUUCAUGAAUACAAAUUCUUUGUGAUAUUUGUUGAAAAUGUGCUGCCAAUGCACGUGGCUCCCAUUGUGUCUGUCUGCGGCAGCCUAAUAGAGAUACCGUUGUUGAUUUUGUGCUGCGGAUGUGGUCGUGCACGCACAACCGUUCUGCUCGUGGCAACAGAAGAGGGCAGUGUGGACACAACAACCUCACGCCCAUCCACAGAGCUGUCCAGUAGCUUAAGACAUUUCAAGAUAAAAAAAAAAAGAAAUUGUCGCCCCAAAAUGUACGCUAACGUGUCCAGCAUAGAAUCCCCUAACAGUGACCUCCAAAACUCAAAAUAUCAGCUAUCACCGAGCAAAAAGGGAUUUUUACCACAAUUUCUUAAAUAGUGAGAUUCAUUAUUUUAGUCUACGUUAUAUCCUAUCGAAAUGCCGUUCUAAAUUUACAUAUCUCAUCCCAUCUGGCAAAAAAAGCAUCAGUAGACAAUUCCCUUGAUAAGCCCAUCGGAACUUUAUUGCUAACCAAAACCGCAGCACCUACCCAGAAACUGAGAUAUGUCACUAAGCGACACUUUGCGGAUGAGAAAUGAAGGACAGUGUCGAUAUUUGACACUGUUGUCACUGACUGACUGCACUUUAUUUUGGCGACAGAGACUCCCCACACUUUGCUUUUAGCCACACGUACUUAGAUAUGAAAUUGUAACGAGAGUAUUAUUCAAACACACAACUGUUAGUGGUUCUUGGCCUCAACAUGUGUUUCCAUUCUUUGUGCCUCUCCUGAAUGAUUUGAACUUACAACUGUCCGUCACACACACCAAAACGCCGCAAAAACAGCGUUUUGGACACUCGGGAGAUGUCCGACUGUAUUUGCGCUUUGUUGUGACAAGGAGGCCCAAGUCUCACCGCGUAUUCUGUGAUAUAUCAAAGUAUUUCUUUUUCUGGGUUUCUAUAGUGGCAUCCCUUCUGCAAAUCUGAUUUACAGGCAGCAUUUCAGCGUGGCGCCACCAUGCAGACGACGGGCCCGUCUCGCGCCGAUCCACCCCAGCGAUCGCUUUUAGUCAUCAGCGACGAGCCAUGUGAAUCGGAGCGUGGCUCUCCGGCUAACGAAAACUCUCUGCUUUGAGGUCUUUUUGAAAACAGGGAAAUGGAGGUGUCCUCUCUGACCAGGCCGCCUUUUGUUCCCGAGCUAGAGAGCACAGUUGAGCCACCGAGGCGACGGAGAACUGGGAAAGAAUUCCUCCCAAGGAAGAACUAUCAGUCCUGCUACAACAGCUCCAGCGUCCCCAGGUGACCGCGCCACUGAGCCCGUGCUCGCUCCGUCGCACCCCACUCCACGCCUGCUGCCACCCUGAAGGUGGCGUCCACAAUCAGGAAGCCAUGUCCAGAUCGGGUGACAGAACGUCCACCUUUGACCCGGCGCACAGUGACACGCUGCUGCACGGGCUCAACCUGCUUUGGAGGAAGCAGCUCUUCUGUGAUGUGACUCUCACCGCCCAAGGGCAGCACUUCCACUGCCACAAAGCGGUGCUGGCGUCCUGCUCCCAGUAUUUCAGGUCGCUCUUCUCCUCCCACAAUGCCAUCAGAAACAACGAGGGCGGCAAGGGGGACCAGGGCAGCAGCGGCACCCCGUCGUCCUCGCCCGACGACAAGCUGGUGACCCCCGGUGCCCGGCCCAUCAAUAACCUGGUCCUGCAGGGUUGCUCCUCUGUUGGACUGAGACUCGUGCUGGAGUACCUGUACACAGCCAACGUCACUCUUUCCCUGGACACGGUGGAAGAGGUGCUGUCGGUCAGCAAGAUACUCAACAUCCCCCAGAUCACCAAGCUCAGCGUGCAGUUUCUCAACGACCAGAUCUCGGUGCAGAACUACAAGCAGAUCUGCAAGAUAGCCGCCCUCCACGGACUGGAUGAGACCAAGAAGCUGGCCAACAAGUACCUGGUGGAGGACGUGCUGCUGCUUAACUUCGAGGAGAUGUGCGCCAUGCUGGACGCUCUGCCGCCGCCGGUGGAGUCGGAGCUGGCGCUCUUCCAGAUGUCGGUGCUGUGGCUGGAGCACGACCGAGAGACCCGCAUGCACUACGCGCCGGACCUCAUGAAGAGGCUGCGCUUCGCUCUCAUCCCGGCCCCGGAGCUGGUGGAGAGGGUGCAGUCGGUGGACUUCAUGAGGAAUGACCCCGUGUGCCAGAAGCUGCUGCUGGACGCCAUGAACUACCACCUGAUGCCCUUUCGGCAGCACUGCAAGCAGACCACAGCCAGCAGAAUCCGUUCCAAUAAGAGACUGCUGUUACUGGUGGGUGGUUUGCCCCCUGGACCCGAUCGCCUCCCCAGCAAUUUGGUCCAGUACUAUGACGAUGAAAAAAAAACAUGGAAGAUCCUCACAAUCAUGCCUUACAACAGUGCCCAUCACUGCGUUGUGGAGGUGGAGAACUUCUUGCUGCUGCUCGGCGGAGAGGACCAGUGGAACCCCAACGGAAAACACAGCACCAAUUUUGUAAGUCGCUAUGAUCCCAGAUUCAACAGUUGGAUCCAACUCCCUCCUAUGCAGGAGAGGAGAGCCAGCUUCUUCGCCUGCCGCCUGGACAAGCACCUGUACGUGAUCGGCGGCCGCAACGAGACGGGCUACCUCUCCAGCGUGGAGUCGUACAACCUGGACACCAACGAGUGGAAUUACGUGUCGUCUCUGCCGCAGCCUCUGGCCGCCCACGCCGGCGCCGUGCACAACGGCAAGAUCUACAUAUCAGGCGGGGUCCACAACGGCGAGUACGUGUCGUGGCUGUACUGCUACGACCCGCUCAUGGACGUGUGGGCUCGCAAACAGGACAUGAACACCAAGCGCGCCAUUCACACGCUGGCCGGAAUGAACGAUCGCCUCUACGCCAUCGGGGGGAACCACUUGAAAGGUUUCUCUCAUUUAGACGUCAUGUUAGUGGAGUGCUACGACCCCAAAGCCGACCAGUGGAAUAUUCUGCAGACGCCCAUCCUGGAGGGACGCAGUGGGCCGGGCUGCACUGUCCUGGAUGAUAGCAUCUUCCUCGUGGGUGGCUACAGCUGGAGCAUGGGGGCGUAUAAGUCUUCAACCAUCUGCUACAGCCCAGAGAAGGCCACAUGGACAGAGUUGGAAGGCGAGGUGGCAGAACCUUUGGCGGGCCCGGCCUGUUCCACCGUCAUCUUGCCCGCGUGCCUCCCCUUCAAUAAAUGACAACUAAUCCAGCCCAGGGGCGGCGGCAACCGGAGUGAUGACUGGUGGGAGGAUCGCCCGUAAGCAGGCAGCCGUUUUAACACCGACCUCUCCCUCCUGCUCAGUCGCGUGGGGGUGUAUAAAUUAUUUUUUUACAAGUUUGCCCGGAGCACUUAGGUUAUUCCCCCUUUGAAGGUGUAAAGAGAGGGAAGGAAAGUCAUCUAUUUAAACCGCUCACGUUCAUACAGUAUGAGCUUUGAUUUAUUGACACCGUCACUGGCUGUUUUCUUCUAUCCUAUAGCACGCAUUAGCUCAGUGCUAGCCAAUGCUAGCUCUCGGGUCCGUCGUAUAUCUUGUACGCGUCAAUCUGAACAGAAGCAGAGAGCGUGUAGGUCCUUCACGCUGGAUGUUGGAGCUCAACCAGGACUGGGUGAGUUACAUUUUCAUGUAUAAAUAGUGGUCAUGGCUCACUCUGUUGACACUUGGUCACUGCUACUUUUUUUUUUUUUUUCCCUCACAUGUCUACAUCUAAAGUGGGAUCCUUUUACUUUUCAAAUUGCACUGUAAAAAACAUGAUGACUUUUUAAAUGCGCAGCCCAAGUUGACUGAAUUCCAAAACGGUUUGGAAGAUUUUCUUACCUAUUGGUCGAUCUCAAUUGUGACGCGCUAAUUAGUGAUCAGAACGACGUAUUGAUGGUACAAUCAAAUUGUAAUUGCUCGCCAAUGUACUGCAAGCAUGUGUGGGUCAAUAGAGUGGCGACUGAAAAUAAACAUGCCACCAACUGGACUUUUCCGGCAUACUACAAUCUUCCAUGUGUGAUUGUGAAGAAGUAUUUGGGCCACACUGAAAAGAAAAAAAAAAAGUCCACUGGCCCUAAUACGCCUUCAUAUAUGAGCAUUGGGCAGCCUUCGAUGCACUAAUAGUGAGCCCUUGAGUUCACUGUAAUGUAUGUAAAUGAUUUAUUGUGCUGUGUUCAACUAAGGAAAAAAACAAAAAAACACUUUCAGUACAAAUUAGUCCAGUCUUGUCUAUGUUGCUGAGUUAAAACAAAAAAAGAAAGAAAAGUCAACUCUCAAUGUUGAAUCCUGUAAAGGUUUAUUGACUUCCUUCUUGUACAUAAUCGCUUGCCGCAGUGAAACAUUUUUGGAUUUAUUCUCAAAUCCUGUUUAUGUCCUUUGCAUUUUAGACUAUGGAAAUAAACUGACUCUUGAUGACUAAA